AUGGAGAAAACAGAAAUAUCAUCAACACAGUUAACAGAAAUCGCUCAUGGCCUGGAAGAAUCGAAAGUGAGCUUCUUGUGGGUAGUGAGAAAGAAUGGAAUAGAAUUAGGUGACGAAUUUGAAGACAGGAUAAAGGAAAGAGGAAUCGUAGUAAAAGAAUGGGUUGAUCAGAAACGGAUUCUUGAACACGAAAUCGUGCAGGGAUUUCUGAGUCACUGUGGCUGGAACUCGGUGUUGGAGAGUAUAAGUGCAGAAGUUCCGAUACUGGCAUGGCCAAUGAUGGCGGAGCAACCCCUUAAUGCAAAAAUGGUAGUGGAAGAGAUUAAAAUUGGGUUACGGGUCGAAACAGUUUAUGGGUCGGGCAACAAAUUUGUGCCCGCGGAGAGCUUGAAGAAUAAAGUGAAAGAACUUAUGGAAGGGGAAAAUGGAGACAAGGUGAGGAAGAAGGUGAAGCAAGUGGCCGAGGCAGCAAGGAACUCCAUGAUGGAGGGCGGCUCAUCUUGGCAUACAUUAAACCAACUCAUUAAAGAGAUUUAUUUGCAAAAUCAGCCAAAAAAGUAA